AUUACAUUUAGAUAGCAGCAUCAAUUCUGAUUUUGAAACGGACUCCAGCACUUCUACUAUCCCUGUACAAAACGAAUUUGAAGAAAUUCCACAACCAUCGCCGGAUCCCUUAUCCAACCCUAUGUGGCUUAUUAACUAUAAGCUUCCUGACUUCCCUCUGUAUAUUACAGAAGAAUUAAAAAAAAAUCAGGAUGCUCCUUUUAACAUUACUUCAAAACUUCGCAAGAAAGUAGUUCAAAUACUCUUUGAUUCCGUGUCGCUCCAUACAUUGUAUCCCACAUCAACAGAAUAUCGCAGUGUUUGUGUUGAACUCAUAAGGAAAUAUCCUGUGCUGUGUGAUGUAAAAGCAAAAGAACCUUUGUCAACUUGGGUAGUCAGCUUAAAACAAAAGUUUCGAGAUGAGCGAAGACCCAUGUUUAGUAAUGUGCAAGUCCAAUCCAUGAAACGAAAGUACGGGUUCUUGAAAAAAACAUCAACACCAAGUACAAGCUCUUCAAGCUCUGAUUCUGAACCCCCACAAGCGAGGCGUAAAUUUAUGGUGAUUAUUUUAUUACUUAUAUCUAUAUGGUAAUAGGUGCCUACCAUUUAAAAAGUC